CCCUGAAUAUUCGAUAAGCCGCUCAUUUUCAUCAUAAGCAGAUAUCAGCGUGCGUAUUUCCAUCCCCGUCACAUCGAGUGUUGUGGAUAGAUUCACGAAGAAAUGAUAGCAUCCCUUAGUUUCGCGACAGACAUCACACCGGUGGCAGCAGAGCUUAAGGCGCGUGUCGCUGCUCAUCUGAUAAAAAUAUUCAAACUUUCCUGAACUUAGACGAUGUGGGGGCAAAGAUUUUAAUUAUUACCUAGACCAUUCUUGAAACACCAAAUUCAUACUCCUCUUUCAACUCGUAUAGUUGGUAUGAUUGUGUUUAUUUAUAAUGUUAAUACCCGAAAAUUUUGAACAUUAUUUGGCGUCGUUUCAGACGGCGUUUUUAGAUAGUUUUGAGAUUUCAUAGGGAAUUUAUGUGAUAAAUUUAUCAACGAUGUCGUCCAAAAACAUAUACGAAAAUUUACCGUUGAAAAACUUGAACAAAUCUGAUAAGAAGCAGUUGGAAAACGAACCACUUGUUACCCAAAGAAUAAAGACUAUUCAGAAUAUUUUCAACCCCAUAGAUCUAAAAUCGAAAAAACGUAAAAGCAAUCCGGAUAUCUACAACAAAAUCCCUGUGAGCAAGAAUAAACCAAAAUCAUCGAAAAGUAUUUCUGAGAUGUUUUGCAGUAAAAACAUCAAUGGUUUGAAUGAAACCGUCGGGAAUUCGAAAAAAGAAAAUAACUCUAGUAAGAGUAGCGAGUCUUUGUGUAGAAAUUCAGGAGAUAAGCAAGAUAACGAAAGCGUGAAAUCUGGAAAUGGAGUAGAGUCAAACAUCAAAGAUAAAUGUUUGAAUAUUCACUCAACACCAACAUCGACAUUUGAUGAUGGAUAUGAAUCUUGCAAUAGCACUCCUUUGGUUUCGGGGAAGGUACAACCGUAUAAGCGCAGUAAUACAACGUCAAAUCUAAUUCUAACCUGUACGUUGAGGAAAAAAGAACUUCACGUUCAGCUCGAAGAGGACGAGAGAGGAUACGAAUCCUUCGCACUUUCGGCCAGCUCCAGCCAGGAUGCGGACGAGGGGGAGACAGGGGGUCUUUCAGUUAAUUCGCGGUUCGAAGAUGAUAACAGAGAGACCUGGGGAUCCAACGCAGACUUUUUAUUAUCAAUUAUUGGCUUCGCAGUAGAUUUGGCUAAUGUGUGGAGAUUUCCUUAUCUCUGCUAUAAAAAUGGAGGAGGUGCCUUCUUAAUUCCCUACACUUUGAUGUUGAUAUUCGGAGCAGUCCCUCUGUUUUAUAUGGAGCUUAUUCUGGGACAAUUCAAUAGGCAAGGGCCAGUGAGCCUCUGGAGAAUUUGUCCAUUAUUCAAAGGUGUUGGAUUUUGUGCUGUGCUAAUUGCAUUUUACGUUUCAUUCUAUUAUAAUGUUAUCAUAGCCUGGGCACUUUAUUUCCUUGGAACUAGUAUAACUUCAGAACUUCCAUGGCUUCAUUGUAAUAACUCAUGGAAUACUGAGAAAUGUUGGGAAAGCAUGACACCACUUAGUGGAGACAAUAAAUCACUCAGUAUUCCGAAUAAUUUUUCCACGAAUCAACAUACACCAGCGUCAGAAUUUUUUCAUCGAGCUGUUCUUGAGAUGCAAUGGAGUGAUGGUCUUCAUGAUAUGGGAUAUCCCAAGUGGCAAUUAGUCUUAUGCCUAAUCACAGUAUAUGCUACACUUUAUAUUUCUUUAUUCAAAGGUGUCAAGUCUUCUGGUAAAGUGGUCUGGAUAACCGCAACAAUGCCUUAUGUUGUUCUCACCAUACUUUUAAUUAGAGGUUUGAUGUUACCAGGAGCAGUCAAAGGAAUUUCUUAUUAUUUGAAACCAGAACUCUCCAAGUUGAAAGAGACACAGGUUUGGUUGGAUGCAGCCGUUCAAAUAUUUUACUCUGUAGGAGCUGGAUUUGGUGUACAUUUGUCUUACGCCAGUUACAACACUUUUCACAACAACUGUUAUAGGGACUGCCUUGUUACUACAGCUGUGAACUCAUUUACCAGUUUUUUCUCAGGAUUCGUUAUUUUUACCUAUUUGGGAUUUAUGUCCUAUAAACAGGGCGUUGAUAUCAGUCAGGUCGCAGCAGAAGGUCCAGGUUUAGUAUUUCAAGUCUACCCAGAGGCGGUGGCCACUUUGCCAGGAUCCUAUAUUUGGUCCAUGCUCUUCUUCUUUAUGCUGAUUAUGCUGGGACUCGACUCAGGAAUGGGUGGCUUGGAGUGCGUCAUAACAGGGUUGAUGGACGAAUUCAGUCAUUUCUUCAAGAAGAGAAAGUUUGGUAGAGAAAUAUUCACUCUUAUAGUUAUAUCAGCUUCGUUUUGUGUGGCAUUGAUAAAUGUCACUCCGGGUGGCAUUUACAUGUUUCAUCUCUUCGACACAUAUGCUGCCGGCAUAUCACUUUUGUGUUCCGCCCUUUUUGAGGCUGUUGCGGUAUCGUGGUUUUAUGGUCUGGAAAGGUUCACACAAGAUGUCGACGCGAUGCUUGGCCAUAAACCUGGACUUUAUUGGAGAAUAUGCUGGAAAUUCAUCAGUCCACUUUUUAUCAUUACUGUCGUGUUAUUUGGGCUCCUUUACCAUGAGCCCCUUCAAUACAAUGACUAUUUUUAUCCAAAUUGGGCCGAGUGGGUCGGUUGGGGUUUGACCCUCUCAUCCAUAUCGAUGAUACCACUAUGUGCCAUAAUUCAAAUCAUGAGAACUCCAGGAACAUUCUCCGAGAAAAUUGCUCUUAGUAUAUCACCUGAAGAAGAACAUGAUGCUAUAAGAAGAAACAAGUUAAUAGGAAGAUUCAAAUCCAAGCAUUGGCUGUUUGUUUGAAUUUCGACUACUUAUGAUCGACCCAAUGAAUGUGGAACAAUCAGUUCCUAUGUAAGAUUGAAUUACAAAUGUUUAUGAUAUUUAAAUAUAUGAAAAUAAUUAUAGACAAUAAUAUUCUAGUAGCUAGUAGUUCAAUUCUAGAUCUAUGUAUACAUCUUUGUUGAUUUCUAGUAACGCUGGUCGUUGAAAUUAUUUGUUAUACAUAAUAUAUCGUGAAAUAUUUCAUAGGAAAUCUGUCCAAAUGCUUCAAGAGCAAGUAUCUCAUAUUGUAUGGAAAAUAUAUAUAAUUGUUUUCACAUAUUGGGGGUAGAUGACUACUUUCCGAAUAUUUUUUUUGAACUUGUUGGAUAUAAGGGCUUAGCAAUUAUUGAAUUUUGGUGCCAAACUGUAAUGCCCUUUGGAAUUUGUCCUCUUUCUGAUGAAUAAAUUUGAAUUAUCAUAAUCAAAAAUUGGGAGGAAUACUUGAAUGUUGUAUAAUUGUAGAACAUUGUAACUUGUAUGAAUUACCAAGAACAAAGUAUUAUAUAUAUCGAGUAAAAAAAAUGACACGUAAUAUUCUGGGUAAAGCCUUCAUACCCAGAAUAUUGGAAUACAUUUUUAAGCGAAUGAGUCACCUGUACAUUUUGAUUUUGUUAUAAAAAUCAUCUGGAUUAUUGAAUAAAAAAUUCGAAGUAAA